GGGUGGUUUUCUAGCCCGACAACGACAGAAACCGAUCUAUUUUACUCACGCGCGAGUAUCACGCCAAAGUAUCGUUCAACAUGAGGGCCCUGAUCUGCCUGGUACUGAUCUCCGUGGCGUUCGCCGCCGAAGAAAAAGUCAAGAAGCGUGGUCUCUAUGGCCUGGGUGAUUACGGACUUGGCGGUGGUUAUGGUGGUUAUGGCGGUGAUCUUGGUGGAUAUGGUGGACUUGGUGGACUGGGUGGACUUGGUGGAUAUGAAGGUGGCCACGUUGCUAUUGCCGUCAGGGAGAAGGCCGUCGCUGUUCCCGUCGCGGUCCCGCAGCCGUAUCCCGUCGAUCGCCCCGUCCCCGUUAAGGUUCCAGUUGCUGUUCCGCACCCGGUUCCAGUACCUGUGCCCCAGCCUUACCCCGUGAUCCAGACCAAGACGGUCGCGGUUCCCGUAGAGAAGCCCGUCCCAGUCCCUGUUAAGGUGCCAGUGACCGUGCCUGCCCCAUACCCCGUCCCAGUCAAGGUGGCAGUCUCUCACCCAGUUCCAGUUCCAGUCGCUCACCCAGUUCCAGUCGCAGUUCCGCAACCGGUCAUCGUCAAAGAGACGGUUCCCGUCCUCGUUAAGGGCUACGGACACUAUUAGAUGAAUUUCUCCUUCAAAAAAUUACAUACACACCAUCCCGCUCCUCUUAACCCUUUUCCCAGCAACGCAAAAUCCAUCACGACGAGCGUCUGGUCAAGAGAUGUUUCUCCCGUCGUGUAGUGCCUUGAAUUCACGGAAUAAAUCAAUUUUAUAAAUGUUUUCGUAAAGAAACAA